AUGGCGGCAGCUCUUGGAGGAGGCAACAGCAAUCCUGCUAGCUUGCAGCAGCAACAGCAGCAGCAAUACUGCCUGAAGUGGAACAGCUUCCACAACAACAUGAGCGAGCUCUUCCAGACCAUGCUCAUCCACGAGAACCUCGUCGAUGUGACGCUCGCCUGCGAGGGCCAGUCCAUCAAGACGCACAAGAUGAUACUGGCCGCCUGUAGCAACUACUUCCUGACACUUUUCACCACCAACCCGUGCAAACACCCGAUUGUCAUCCUGAAGGACGUCAAAUUUAACGACCUAAAAGCCAUCAUUGACUUUAUCUACAGCGGCGAGGUGAACAUUCCCCAGGAGCAGCUCAACUCGCUGCUGAAGACCGCCGAGACGCUGAAGAUUAAAGGGUUGUCAGAGUUUGGCGCCGAGAAGCAGGUGCCCAGUGCGUCGACAGGCGUCUCGCUGAAAAAUAGCCUAAACACGGCAAUACCGGUCAACUACGGCACCAACUCGAGCCAGCUGUACGCGGCUUUUGGGAAGAAGAGAAAAAGGCCACGGCUGCAGUUUUCUGGUGCUCUCAGUGCCCAGGGCGGCGUCGGCGGCGGCCUUCCUAACUCCAGUGCAAUCAACCUCAACCACAUCAAUAACAGCGUCAACAGCGGCGUUAAAACGUACGCCAAGUCAAUGGUGAACAGUCUGAACAGUCUUCAACAGCAGCAGCAGCAACAGGUCAAGGCCGAGUUGGCGGCAACCAACGGCGACACCGGUGACACCAGCGAUGAGGAGGACGAGGAGACGCCCAGUGCUGGUGCUGGUGGUGUCAAUCUGCUGGCGAACAGCAACAGCAAUAACAAUUCAAGCAAGUCAUUGAGCUACACCAACUCGCCCAGCUACAAGGCCCUCGCGGCGGUGAACAACAGUAGCACCAGCAGCAGCAACAACAACAACAACAACAACAUUGCUGAACAUGAGAAUGAACGCGAUGAAGAGGAGUUUGAGCCGACGAAGCUGCUCGAGCAGUCAAUGUCCACGCCGGAGAACACCGGGGUCGACUACUCGCCGGAGAACAACAAUGAUGGACAGGUGCAAAGUGGGGAUGAGGAAGAGGGGGAAGACAAUUCAAAGGGAUUCCUCAUGGACGACGAGUACUCCUCGAACAAUUCCAACAAUGACAGCGUCAGUGUGAUGCCGGUAAACAGUUUCGCCAAUCAGUUUGUCAGCGUCAACUCCUCUGCGAACAGCAACAGCAGUGUCAAUGGCGGAGCCUCAUCAAGAGGCGGCAGUGCAAGUGGUGGUGGUGGUGGCGGAACUUCCAUUGAAGGCAUCAGAGAAUACGAGCAACUGCUGGCGGAGAUCCAACAGAAGAACCUCACCAUCUGCCCGAUCUGUUCGAAGGAGUUCAUCAAAAAGUCCAAACUAAUUCGGCACUACCACACGCACUUCAGCGACUUUAGGCCAAAGUUUAGCUGUGUCUUCUGCGGAAAGCUGUUCACGACCCAGGACUGGUGCAAGCGGCAUGCACUGAACUGCCAGCUGAAGCAGUACCAGCACAUCUCGCACCUCGACCUCUACAAUGAAUAA